CAAAUAUACGGGCAAAUGUACGAGCAAAUACACGCACUCCCCGGGCACACACAAUUACACAAAUAUUUAUGGCCCUGCUGCUGUGUGUUAUCACAAGCCAACGACGUGAGCGAGGAGUCCACAGAGUUUGGGGCGCCGCCGGUCGUCUACUAUGGCGAGUCCAAUGUGAACUUGGGCCAGCCCUUCUCGAUCACCUGCAUUAUACCGAUCACCGAGCAGAUCCAUUGGAUCAAGAACGGAGAGCCGAUCACAAGGCACAAUCUGCGGCACGGGCGCGAUGAUCAUGCCUACGCUCUGUCUGAAAGUGCAAUCGAGGGUGAGAAGCACAAGAUUGAGGCGCAUUUGAGAGUGCGGCAUGCCCUCAAGGUGCACGAGGGUCGCUAUCAGUGCAAUCAUCGCCACAGCACCUACCACAUGCUGCACGUGCGGGAUGCCAAGGGAGCAGGAGCGGGAACGGGCGAACCCACCGAGUCCGGAUAUCAAACCAUCGACGAACUGACGCCGAACUCGGCGGAUGACUUCUUCACACGAACGUGGCUGGAGCAGCAGCAACAGCAGCAGCAACAGUUGCCCCACCAGUCACACAAGCAGCACAAGUCGCAUUUGGGCUAUGGAAACGUCAGCCUUUCUGGAUCUCAGCCCUGGCAUCCCUCGGCGGGGGGAGGCGGCGGUGGCGGUGGCGGUAUCCAUCGCGUUUACUCGGCCACACCGCCGGACUUUCCACCACCGCGUUUCGAUCAGCUGGAGCACACGGUGGCGCCGCCAGAGCCACCCACUAUACUGUACAAUCAGACGAAUCCCACUGCCAGCGCCACUGCCACGGAGGCCAGCCUGCUCCUGACGACGGCGCACCACCAUGCCCACCACCAGCAACAGUUGCAGCAGCAGGCGCAGCACACGCUGAACGCCUUCCAGUUGCCACUGCCGCCACGGCCCAAUCCUGGCCAGAAUGAGCGCUACCAGACCUACGCACCGCACUAUGUGCCGCCAGUGGUGGGAUCAGGACGUGAGCUGACUACCAUUUCAGUAGCCACCAGCACAAGGGCCAUGAUGGGUGGUGUUGGUGGUCCUGAUGGUGGUGGUGGAGUUCCUGCGGGUGCCAGUGCCCCAAUUAUGGGUGCUGGUGCUGGUGGCCACAUGCUGAUGGGUGGCCAGGCGCAUCAGGUGCAUCUGCAGCACCAGACGCUCUUGCCCGUCAAGAUGGAUAAGCUGGUGCCAAACUAUGAUAAUAUCGAGCAUCAAAUGAAAUUUUACGACAUCAAAACGCCGCUGGUUCUCAGCUGCAACGUGAAAGAAGAUACGUCGAGCGUUCUUAUAUGGAAAAAGAACGGCACCGCUGUGACGGAGGUGCCUUCGCUAAAGGGUCGCUUUAAGAUAAUCGCAGCCGAGAAAAAGUUCAUCAUCGACAAGACGGAUGUAAACGACGAUGGCGAUUACAGUUGCGAGAUCGACGGAGAGUCCAAGAUAAUCAAAGUGAUUGCCCGCGUUGUUGUAAGAGUGCCUUCAAAUACAGCCGUUGUGGAGGGAGAAAAGAUGUCGGUGACUUGCACCGUUGUGGGUACCGCACCACAGUUGAUAUGGACUUUUGGCAAUGUAACGCUGACAAACUCAACGGAUCGCUUCGUCCUUAAACCAGAAAACAAUGUCCCGAACGCCAUUCUGACACUGGACAAUGUGACAUUGCAAGACAGAGGCGAGUACAAAUGCAUUGGACGCAAUGCGGCCAAUGACUAUGGUGUGAACGGCACCAGCACUGCUCCUGCCAGCGACUUCACAACUGUGCGUGUUAAGGGCAAAUUUGCCGCCUUGUGGCCUUUCCUGGGCAUCUGUGCUGAGGUGCUGAUUCUGUGCAUCAUCAUUCUCAUCUAUGAGAAGCGACGCAACAAGAGCGAACUGGAGGAGAGUGAUACUGAUCCCCAAGAACAGUAAGUGUGCCAACUCUCCGACCCAACACACCAACCAACCUACAAACCAAUCAACACCACAACAAACAAAAAACCAACAACAUAAACUGUCAACACCAAAUAAUAUUAAACAUCAGCAAACAAACAAAAACAAACAAACAAAAAACAACAACCGAAACGCAGCAGAAGAGGAAAAAAGUUGAAAUUUUAGUUUUAUACUGCAAAUUAAAGACGUUGAAGCUGCAGGCGAAUGCAAAUGCGAGUUCAGACCAGACACAACAACAUAACCAUACGGAAACGGAUAACAGAUACAGAUACAGAUACAGAUACAAAUACAGAUACGGAGAAGCAACGUACUUACGGACGGACAAACAAACGGACGGAGGUGCAGCAGCUACAACAAUUAGUGAAAUUUUCUUAGUUAACAAUUUCUAAUAGUUACCACAAUGGAAAGAAAAAUAAGGAAAAUGAAUGAAUUUUUGUGUUUGACGCAAGCGACGGAUACGCAAUAAAAUGAAAAGUUAAAGGUUAAGAAAUUAUAUAGUUUUUGCUAAUUUUGUAUUAUAAUGAAGUCCAUUGUGCCUGGAGCGUCGCAAGGAAUAUAAUGAAAUAUCGAGACCCAGAGAAGUGAAAUGAAGAGAGUGAACACAAAAAGCUUAACUUUUAGGUUUCUACCUUUUUCGAUGUGUGCUAAACGAAUGCAAAUAUAUUCCUGAUCCGUAUAUUUGUUUCGCCCAAAACUCUGACAAACACAAAACGGAAACGGAAACACAAAACGAACGCACACACACACAACUCAUUCACACCGACACACCCGAGAGUUAAAACACAAUAUGUAGUUCUCUAGAUAUAAAUAUGAUAAAUUUAAUUCAUCGUAAAUAUGCCUUUUAAUUUCUUUGCCUUAUUCAAAUCGAAAAAUCGUUUUUUUUUGCUGUGCUUGUCUCUGUUGCUUAAAAAAUAAACUACAAACAAAACUUAAUGAAAAAUAAUUACACAUAAACGAAACCUUUCUUUUAUGUUAAAGUCCAGUCCAUAAUAUUAUUAUUAUUAUCAUGUAAAGGAAUACGACAAGAAAAUGUUAUCAACUUUCUUUUUAAGUACUUAUUGUUUAAUUAUAUACAUUAAAAAGAAAACCACAUUUAAAAAAAAAAAAAAAAACACAAAAACACCGUAAGCGAAGCAAAAGUUUUUAUUUUGCUUUGGAGGAAUACAAAACAGAAUUAAUCGUUACUUAUGUAUAUUAUAAAUCACUAUAUAAGCUUAUUAAUUUCUUGGCAGUGAAUCAAACAUACACACGAAAACAGAAAUCGUAGCUCAACACUUUCGCAUUGAUUUGGAAUUAUAAUUAGAAUUAUUUGUAUAUUGUACACAAAAGAGUAUUUUCCCCGCCCCAAAAGCCCCUUAGCCCCAAAAACCUCUAGUUUGCGCACUUUUUGUUUUUUGUCGCCUCUGUUGAUUUUGCCGUGUAUAAACUUGAAAACUUGAAUGAUUUCGAUUCUUUGUAUCCUAGUAUCUAAACACUUGUGCUAUUCUUUACCGAUUACAACUAUCCAUUAUGAUUUUUUGCGUUUUGAGAUUGAUUUCUACCGAAAUAUAAAACAAACAACAACAAAAAAUACAAUUGUAAAUUAAACAAAAAGAAAAAAUAUAAAAAAAAAUAAACAAAAAAAGAACAAAACCAAACAAUUUGCAUUUUUAUUAUUUUCUCUAUCUUUUACGUAGUGCUGUCCUAUCUACAUAUUUAUUGUUUUCUUAGAUCCUGGUUUCUGCUUGCCUGCGCCUGCCUGAAAUGGGAGAAAUAUCCCCCAGUGAAUAUUCGUUUUAUUUCUUAACAUUUUUCGUUGCUGAUUGACUUUUGAUUUGCUGUUCUAGACUUCUGGUAUCUUUGAGUGAUUCGUCGUAGCCGAUAAUCAUGGAAAGCUAAUCAAAUGUAUCUUUCAUUCUUUUCUUAUUUUCCCAUAACUAUUGUCGAAUAAACCAACAUUUGUUUUGAGUAGUUGAUCAAGUUCGCUCUCUAGUUGAAACUAAAUUGAAUGAGAAAUCCUAAAACAAAAAACAGAAUAUGUAUAUGUGGGAGAACCUGCCGCUUGAUUCGAUCAAUUGAUUGGUUGACUGUUUUCUGCAAUCAUCAUUAAAAAAAAAAAAAACCAAAAACCACUACUUAAAACCAAAAAACUAACCCAAAAAUAAACCUCGCCCUCGAUCAAAUCUCCAUGAACCCGCCUUGACUAACCAAAUCUGAUCCAAAUGUGCCCAGCGUCAACUAACAUCAACAACAACAACAACAACAAAACUUCAAAACAACAAUCACUGCAAUAAUUUACCAAAAUAGUAACAAUAACUAUUAGCAAUCUGAACAGCAAUAGCUGCAUCUACGGCAUCUGCAACAGCAACAACCAACAGUAGCCUAAUUUUCCUACUAACAAACGAUUAUUAUUUAUUUAUAAUUUGUAUUGAGGCAUAGCCAAGUUUAUUGAUUAAUUAAUUGAUUCGCUCUCCCUAUCAAUAUCUAUUUCCGAACUCGACAUUUUCCUUUGACUUAUUUUUUUUUCGAAUUACUUGUUGAAACCCCCAAUCCAAUCACAAGAACAUGAGCAACCACAACCCAAGACCACCAAAACUAAUUCAAGUGAUUUUCGCAAUUUAUUCUUUAUUGCAGGAAAAAGAAAAGGAGAAAUUAUGAUUAAAAUUCCUAGGCAAAAGACAGAACACACCGUAUAAAGAAUAACAAGUAAAACCAUUUAAAUAUGAGCAAAAACCAGUAACAGAAAGUAAAAUGCAUUAACACAUUACAUUAACUAAACUACAUAAAACUAGCAAAAUCGAGAAUGGUAAUGAAACCGAAAUAUGGAAAAACAGUCACAAGAGAAAAAGUUGUGUAUCCCACACCCUCCUGUACCCCUGUUCCACUAUCCCAUUAUCCCUUCCCCAGCAAAACUGCAGAACUUUGUUUAGCAAAAUUGUAUUUUAUUAAAGAAAGAUAAAACAAAAGCAAACAAUUAAUAUUAAAAACAAAUGGAAACCGAAGUAAAUCUAAAAUAAUAUUAAAAUGGAAAGUGAUAGCAGUUAAACGAACACUAAUAAGAGAAUAUGGAUAAACGAUGGCAACAUAAAGGAACUUUAGCAAUUAACCUUAAAGUGAAGCGUUAACUCCAAAGCAAAACAAAAAGUCGCACAUGCCACUCCCUCCCCCACGCACCCUCCACCUGAACAACAGAAUAUAGUAUUGUACAUAACAAAAAAAAAAAAAACAACAAUUGAGAAACGCUGAAGAAGCAGGCAAUUCUUCUGUCUCUGCCUGACUCACUGUAGAAGCAAGCCAAGGCUCUGUCUCUUCUUUCCUAGCAAGAGGACUCUUUAUACAACUAUGAUUUUUUAGGUAGUCAUAUUUUGAGGUUAGUUUUUAGUUCAAAACGGAACUUAAAAAAAAAAAAAAAUAAGAAAUCAGAUGAAGCGAAGCGGCAACAACAGCAACCACAUUUGAGAGGACAGAAGAUGGAGAUGGAGAUGGAGAAACAUGAUGAAAUGGGAAAGCGAUUGAAAACGACGAUAUUGAAAGAACUUUGUUUAUUAAUCUUAGUUAAUAUAUGUAUAUGAUAUAUUGACAAACUGAAGAUGAACUUUUAAAACAAUUAAGUAGCGCGUUAUGAGUAUAUUUUUAAAGGAUUAAUACCACAACUAGUAGCUGAUGACGGAAGGAAGAUAGCCUAGGGACGAAGCGUUGGAAGCGAGAACAUUGUAUAUUGCAUAAUUUUAGGAGGAAAAGAAGGAUGGAAAUAAAUCAGAUGCGUACUGCCAAAACUUGUAAAGUUCAGUACUAUUUGCUUAGCCUCAUUUUUGGUAAACAAAAACUAAAAAACCAAAAUCAAAACACACUAAGAACAAAAACAAAAACAAAAAUAAAUGAAAUCAUAAGCUCUGUUAAUUCAUUUCUGUUGUUGCUAAUUUCGGUUGUUUAUGUAUAAUGUAUGUGUAUAAAAAUCGAAAUGCGAAAUGCGAAAGAACUAAGAACUAAAGCGGUCUUCAAUUCACAUCUUAACUCGUAAUCAUAUAGAAAUCGUAUAUAUAUAUAUGUACAAAUAUGUAUAUGUAAAAAUUUGUGUAACCUUUUUUUUCAGUUGAUGUUUUCAUUUACGUGAACUUUUCGUUGUUGAUUUUUUAGCCGCCACCAAAGCUUUAAAUAUUUACAUAGUAAACUGUGUUCUCAGCAAAACGAUGAAAAUUAAUGAAAUAAAAUUAUGUUAAAUUACGCAAAAACAAGACGAUUUGUAUAGUAAACUAAAUGAGCAUAAUAAACAGAACCCUUGAUAAACAAAAAAAAAACUAACAACUAAACGUUCUUGUUAUAUAUAUAAAUAAAGAAUAUAUAUAUAUAUAAUUGCUAUAUAUAUAGAUCACGUGUGUGUGUGUGCAUGUUCGAUUACAUAGUUAUAUACAUAUGCGAUGAAAUACAAAAAUAGAGGAUGAAGGGAAAGGUAAAUAAUAGCCUAGAGAGGAGACUUUUUGGAAACCGUCGAUAAAUUCUCGUGCAUAAGUUUUUUAUUCAUGUACAAUUGUUGUACAGUUUUUGUGGCUUAUUUGUGUAUAACAACUAUUAAUGACAACAACUACUACUUAUAUUAUAAUUGAUCUAUUAUGCAUAACUGUACAUUAAACUGAUCCCCUACCAUUUCAUUGUAUCUCUAGACUCCUCUUUUUUUUUUUAUUUCUGGGCUUGGUUCCAUUUGACCGAUUCCCCAUAAAACUUUCUCUCUUUCGACCAAAAAACCCCCUUAGAAAGCAGACAUCCUUGAACCUAUUUGAACUGAAAAGUAAACCCACAAGAAGAAGAAGAAGAAAACGAACAACAACAACAGCUACGAUACCUAUUUACUGCUAUAUUGUAUGACGUAAUGUUACCCACAACAACAUGAACAACUAAACCAUACACACGUUACUAACUUUAAAGCAAACCAAACCAAAAUCAACUUCGGAACACUCGUCGACUAUGCUAUAUAUACAACAUACUAACGAAAAGGAUGCAACAAACGGAAACUAUACAUACUUAUAAAAUAUAUACACUUAUAUACAAACAACCACAUACGCAGUAUUGUAUGUCUUUUUGUACAGAAAACAAACGACAAACUAAGCCUGACAACAAACAAAUCGUGUAUCCUAACUACAACUCCUCAGAUAGAACAUAUGACUCCUCCACAGCACUCCCACAUUACAAUUCCCAUUUCAACUUUUCCACUAUCUCAUUUACCGAUCAUCCAUGGUUUACCCAUCAAUUGUUGCUAAACUAUCGAACAAUAUAAUCAACAAAAGCAGAAUUUCUUGGCACACACUUUUGACUCUCACGCGUUAGUCGCUUCACGAGUAGAGCAGCUAAAUGUGAACAUCAGACGAAGCUCUAGUUAAGUUACAAGAAGGAACCUUAUAUAUAUUAUAUAUAUAACAUAUACAUAAAUAAUAUUAAUAAUUACACGUACUUUUAAUUAGUCGAGUAAGCCAAAUGUUGAGGGAAAAAAUCACAAGCCGAAACGAAAGCUAAGACUAAACAUAAGCCUGAAAAACGGUUCACAUCGGUUCUCCCAAAAAAAAAAGGGGAAACCAAAAAUUAGUUAAAGCUUAAAUUGAAAAGUUAGGUUCAAAAUUCAGGAAGGUCCUUGGGAUUUGAUUUUUUAUUUUAUUUUUACGGAGUGAAUAUACAAGCUAUAGAGCUUGGAAUAUUAAAUCACAACUGUCUCUCUUCGAAUUCCCAUACAGUGCGUUUCGGAGCUGUAAAACGCUAGUUGCCCCCAAAGAUAAACUAUACACAAUGGGAACUAACGAUUUCCAAACACUUGUUAUGGCAUUUAAAACAUUUGCAGAACCAAAACACAUUGUACGCGAAAUCAGAGCCAAAUUUAUGUUUAUUCAAAAAUAUACUUUUUUUUUGGCGAAUUUCACUGGCAAGUCACACAUUUUGUAUGAAUUCCGGCUCGGAGAUGGAGCUAGCUUCCGAUAGAGAAGGAAAUGAGGAUAUAUGAUGGAGGAGGAUUCAACAGCCGGCCAGGCUGAGAUUCCGGCGAACCGAACCCGUAAAAACCUAACUUUGUUUUCCGCAGGCGCCCGGAGUAGUGUAAAAAAUUGAAACUGUAGGAGACACUGUAGGAAAACAAAUAAUUGCCUUAGGGUUUCAGUAGAAAUAAAACAAAACAUUAAGAAAUAAUUUAUCUUUUAAAUCAUUUCCCUUAUCGGCGACUUUGAGCAAAACGUGUGGCUUGGCCUUAAAAUUGGGGUGUGACAUCAGCCACUCCAUAAACAUAAACUCAGUUAGAAGAACUACGGGUAAACACUGCUCGCCAUAAAAACCAAGAACCGAAAGCAGUAAAAUAUUCUGUAAUCCAAGCUAGUAACCGAAUGUCACACAAAACACACACAUAGGGCGGCGAAAGCGAAUGGAAUCCUUCCCCGAUGUGCUACAUAUAUAGCAUAUAUAGCAGAUAUAGGAUAGCUAACCGCAUAAGCCUUUAGGGGAGCUAGAAAUGAAAAUCAAUUAAGUGCCAGCCCCCGCCUCUCCCCUCCACAGACUUUGCCGUAUGAUAGCCUAAUAGAACUCGAUACCAGAUACCAGAUAGCGAUACCGAUACCAGAGAAUUCCGGGGAUGGAUUCCAGUUGGUUCCGAUACCGGCCUCUGCGAAAUGUCUUCAACUAGAGCAAACACAAAACUGUUUCAGAAUACUAAUCGAUGAACUAUGAUUUUUAGCAAUUUAUAUAAAUUACAUAUAUACAUACAUAUACAUAGAUAAUGAAUUAUGGAAACCGAAGCUAAAACUAGAUCUAGACCUAAACCUAAACCUAAAUCUAGACCGAAGAAAAAUCACAAAUAAGUCAACAGGGCACAGCGCUUCUUAACUAUAUUUAUUUCGACAAGCAGAACUUUUUCUAAACCUAAACCAAACCAAGAAAACGUAAAACCAACGCUAAUCUUAAAACUAUAACUAACUUUUUAAACUAAUAUUGAAAUUGAACCCAACAAAGUGUUCAUUAAACUAAAACCAAAGGAUUACAUAUAUGUACGAGCAUGUAUAUGUACUUAACGUUAAACAUUAAAAAAAAACACAACAUUUUGUAUGGCUAUGGCAAAAACAAAUCCAAAAAAAAUCCAAAAAAAAACCCAAAAAAAAACUAAGAAAACAAAAAGCAUAAGCAGAAGAUGGUGAAAAGAACCCAACAAUUUAGCUAAGUAAUUUAAUGUAAAGAGUUUAUCGAAUAAAUUGAGAAACAAACCAAAAUGAAAACUUUAAUGAAACUUUCAUCAGAUUUCUAACGAACUUUACGAAUUUCCAAUAAGAUGAAAACUGCGCUCUUUACGCCUAUCUACCGAACAUCUCUUUACAUAGACAUUAUAUGAUAUAAAUAUAAUUAUAAUGGUGGAGAAAGUUGAGGGAAACUGAAACUGAACCGAGGCCGAAUACUUACAUAAGCAUACACUUGUUUUUAGCACUAAAUAAAAUCUCUUGCGUUACUUUUGUUUAACAAAUACUAAUUAAACCAAUGAAUUAAUAUACAUACAAAACAUACUAUAAACAUACAUACUAUAUAUACAUACAUUACAUAUAUAUAUAUAUAUAAAUAGAGUUUUAUAGAUCGAAAACCAAAAGAAGAGAAACCAAGAAACCCGAACCCAAACCCAAAACCAAAACCAAACCUAAAUCCUGGAAUCUAAACACGCAAAUUUCGUCUCAUCUCACGGAUGUGCUACACUAAAUUAGUAACUAAACUACAACUAAAACUAAAACUAAACUAUUGUUAAACCGUAAAACACACGCAUACAUAUACACACACAUAAAACAUUAACUAAAUAUUACAACAAGAACAACAAACCAGUUAAACGUUUAAGCAAAAUCAAAGAAAAGAGAAAAA